UAUACGGAUUUUAGGGUAAACUGGAAGCUUCUUUCUCUUCUCUUCUUGUUGUUGUAUGUUGGGCUCUUUGUUCAGUUCAGCUGCGAUGUUGUCACCGUGUAGUCGCGUUCAUUAUUGUCGCCUUGUUUAUCGUUAUCGACGUCAUGGAAGGUGACCAGAGUGAGGACGUUCAGCCUGAGGAUGCUGACCCUGUUAGGGAGCCGGCAGCAGCUGUGGAUGAGGCGGAGGACACUCAAGCUGACGGCCAGGAGUCCCAGAAGUUCCAGAACCCGUGGCCCCACCUGAAGAAGUACUUUGUCCUUAAAUCAAGAGAUAUGACGAACGCCAAUGUCUUGCACUUCCGGUGCGUCAUGUGCCACCCCAAGGAGACCGUCAUUGACGGACAGACGGCGAACCUUUACAACUUGAAGUCACAAGUCAAGAGGAAACACCCAGCGCAUGCCACCCAGUUUGAGGAGAGGAUCAAGUCUGGCUCUCUCCGUGGGAAAAACAGGCAAUCUCCUCCUGGUAGUGACAGUAGCACCGCCAGCCAGUCGUCGCACCCACCUGCAAAGAAAAGACACCAGCCCGCCAUUGGCGAGGCGUUUGGUCAAUCAGCUGCUGGCACUAGCGUCCGUCAGUCUGUGGUGGACACAAAGAUUGUGGACAUGUUCGUCUGCAACAUGCUUCCACUGUAUGUAGUGGCGUCCCACAUUUAUGUAUCUAAAGUGAUCCCCUACCCCCAGCUGUGUGGGGGAGCAGUCCUGUGUAGUGUGUCAUCACUCAUCACAUAUCUUAUCACUAAUAAUAUUUUGUCUUUCUGCACUGCUAUUUACUUAUUCAUUUAA